AUGUCGAGAUUUUCUCUAGCUAUCUCUUGCUUUCUCUUCGUCUCAACGAUUGUUAAAGCCACCGAUGUCAAGUAUUGCGAUGACAACGAAGAGUAUGAAGUAAAGGUCCAAGGUGUUCAUAUAUUGCCUUAUCCUAUAGUUAGAGACGAACCAGUCACUUUCAGCAUUUCUGCUAACACAGAGAAUGUGAUCUCAAGAGGAAAGCUGCUGAUCGAAGUUUCAUACUUUGGAUGGCACAUUCAUUCUGAGACACAUGAUCUUUGCGAUGAGACAAAAUGUCCAGUGGCUAUUGGAGAUUUCUUGGUAACACAUUCGCAAGUUCUACCCGGUUAUACUCCUCAUAACCACAUGGCCUCCUUUGACGGUCCAGGCUUCUCAAUGGUCGAUAAAUCUUGGAUCCAGACCAAAGCCAUUGACAUCGUAUCCUCAACAGACAUCUCUCCUUACCUCUCCCGUCUCCUAGAAGACUGCGUCUGGAACGGAAACAGAGCCAUCGUCUUCGAAGUCUACUGGGACAUCGAAUCCGUCAACACAAAGUCCAAGCAGCGUCUAUCCUCAGUGAAGCUAAGCACCAAGAACUUAUGUCUCUUCCUCCGUCUUCCAAACCAGUUCACUGACAAUCUCAACGAUCUUUACCGCUUCUUUGCUUCCAAGUUCGUCACAUUCGUCGGCGUUCAGAUCCAAGAAGAUCUUGUUUUACUUAAAGAGAAUCAUGGGAUUGUGAUCAGAAGUUAUCUGGAGAUUGGGAAGUUAGCUGCUGUGGCUAGAGGAACUCCUAUUGUUGAGUUUCUUGGGACUAGAGAGUUGGCUGAGAAGAUACAUGGUAAUGAUAUGAGUAGACUUGACUCGAUUCAGUCUAAGUGGGAUGAAGCUGGGGGUAAUGAUCGUCUUGAAGCUGCAGCUAUUGAAGGUUGGCUUAUUUACAAUGUUUAUGAUCAGUUACAGCAGUGA